AUGUUCCCCGGGCCGCUGCCUCGCUCCUGCGACACCUUCGUGGCGCUGCCGCCCGCCGCGGCGGGGGCACGCGUUGUCUUCGGGAAGAACUCGGACCGGCCGGCGGACGAGGUGCAGGAGGUCGUGCACUUCCCGGCCGCCGCGCAUCCGCCCGGCGCCGCGCUGGAGUGCACGUACAUCACGAUCGAGCAAGUGGAGAAGACCUGCGCGGUGGUCCUGAGCCGGCCCGCCUGGCUCUGGGGGGCUGAGAUGGGCGCCAACGAGCACGGCGUGUGCAUCGGGAACGAAGCGGUGUGGGGCAGAGAGGAGGUGGGCGGUGAGGAAGCUCUUCUCGGCAUGGACCUCGUAAGGCUUGGACUUGAGAGAGCAGACACAGCUGAAAAGGCUCUUACUGUCAUAGUCGAUUUGCUAGAAAAAUAUGGACAGGGAGGAAACUGUAUGGAGAGCCACAUGGCAUUUACAUACUAUAACAGCUUUCUGAUAGCUGACAGAAAGGAAGCAUGGGUGCUGGAGACAUCAGGAAAAUACUGGGCAGCAGAAAAAGUAGAAGGAGGUGUACGAAAUAUUUCCAACCAGCUCUCUAUCACAACCAAGAUUGACAGAGAACACCCAGGACUGAGGGAAUACGCCAAAAGCAAGGGCUGGUGGGAUGGGGAAAAGGAAUUUGAUUUUGCUGCCACGUAUUCUUAUGUAAAUACUGCCAGAAUGACCACAUCCAGAGGGCGAUAUUGUGAAGGCUAUAAACUUCUGAACAAACACAAAGGAUCUAUCACUUCUGAAAUAAUGAUGGAAAUUCUUCGUGACAAAGAGAGUGGCAUUAAUAUGGAAGGUGGAUUUAUGACAACUGGAAGUAUGGUGUCUGUGUUGCCUCAGCAGCCUAAUCUGCCAUGUAUUCACUUCUUUACUGGAACUCCAGAUCCUGCAAGGUCUGUAUUCAAGCCUUUCAUUUUUGUGCCCAAUGUUGCUCAGUUGCUGAAAACCAGCUCCCCUACUUUUGGCCAAGAUGAUCCAGUUAAGAAGCAACCACGUUUUCAGACUAAGCCAGAUCGAAGACACGAGCUCUAUAAAAAACAUGAAACUGCUGCUGUAGUUAUGGAAACUACCGAGGGCAAAGGUAAAGAGAUGCUGAAAGAUAUACAGGAGUUGGAGAAACAGAAGAUAAAUGAAAUGGAAUCAAUCCUGCAAAAUGGAUGUCUCGACACUAGCCAAGCAGUUAACCUUUUUUCACAGUGUGUAGAAGAAGAACUCAAAAUAUAUAGCUAAAACUACUAUUUGAAUGUGGUAAAAUUCAGCUUUAUAAUGAACUUUUCUUCUAAAGAAGUGGGUAUAUAGAUUACAUCUUAUUUUCAAUAUGCCAGUUAGUAUGGACAGUUUUAAAGAUAUGUAUUCAUAUUCAGGCCAAACAGCUUUUGGCUGUAUGAAGCAAUGCUGAAAAGGUUCUUAAGAGCUAGGCACUGGUUUUGUCUGUACGUGGCAUAAAGCUGUCAGCAGAGAUUGAUUUUGCCAAGAAACAGAUGCAGUUAGACUGUAAUAGCUUGAUUAAAUUGCAGAACAACUUCGUCUCUGGAUGAAGAACAACUCAGAUUUGGAGAACUCUGUUCUAGUGUACACACAUGUAGCUUUUAUAGUAAGAUAAUCAUAGCAGAAUUUCAUAUUGCCAGAAUUUAAAUGGCCAUGCUGAAGGACUUUCUAAAAUAUAGAAGCUAUUGCUUGCACUGAAUAAAAAUGAUAUGCAAAGUCAAGUAAGAUUGAUAUUCAGAUGUUUAAUAAAACCAUUCUAAGGUACGUUUCAUAUAUAAGCCUUCUAUUACUUCAGUGCAAAAUGAGGUUAAGAGUUCAAGGUAUAUUAGAACCAAAUCACAGUUACAAUUUUAGCAUGAUUUGUUGUGAAAUCUGAUUACAUGGAAUUCAGUGAUGCAAGCACUCUGCAAGUUACCACACAAUUUUCACUUCCCUUAUUUUCCCCACCCUGAUACUGAAAAAUAAACUUAAUUACAUACACUAUGA